CCACAACUUAUUCUGCAGCCAAGAAGAAACACAGAAAGAGAUGGCUCCACACGCAGCUCCUCUCUCCACCUUUGACCACCUGAGAUUCAGUGAAAAGGACAGACUUAAGCUGAGAAAGCCAAUCAUCGAGAAGAUGCGCAGAGACCGCAUCAACAGCUGCAUCGACCAGCUCAAGAAGCUGCUGGAGAAGGAGCUCCACAGCCAAGACCCCAGCACCAAGCUGGAGAAAGCAGACAUCCUGGAGAUGACUGUCAGCUUCCUGAAGCAGCAGCAGCGACUGCCAGCCGUACAGGCCCAGAAGGAUUAUAACGAAGGCUACUCACACUGCUGGAGGGAGUCUCUGCACUUCCUUAACGUCCAUUCUACCAGAGGACGAUCAGCCCAGGAGUUCCAGCAGCUCCACCAAGCCCAGAGAAGAACCAGCACAGAGCUCAGCUGCAGCAGCCAAGCUCCAUCCAGCCCCAGCCCAAGACUGAGCCCAAGCCCCAGCUCCAGCCUAAGCCCCAGCUCCAAGCAUAGUCAAGCACUGACCAUCCAGCAGCAGCCUGGCAGGCCUGUCUGGAGGCCUUGGUAGAAGUUUGGGUGAAUGAUUAACUUUUGAAACCUGAGGAAUAGUGAUGUUCAUGUUCCUCACUCUAGUAGGAGAUAUUAAGUUCCAGAAUUAUAAGCAUAUCAUGUUUUGUCAUCAUAUUGAUUGGCUAAAGCUUGAAAUUUAUGUGUGGGCAAGUUUUUGCCAAUGUAAAGAUAUAUAUGUGUAAUGGUGGCUCUUAUUUGCAUAUUUAACACAUGGCGUUUUUUUCUAACUUUUUUUUUUUGACUUCUGUUAGAGCAAAUACUGUACUGUGUGAUGUGUCUUUAUAUAUAGGUAACGUUUUACUCCAGUGGAGUAUGUGUGUUAUACAAGCCAGAUUUAUGAAUUUGUGUUGUAUUUACAAGUGUUCCAGAGAAUAUUUCUCUACGUGUUGAGAAUUGAAUUCAGCACUGUAUGUUCACUAAGGAUUACGGUAAACUUUGAUAAAGGAACCAGUCCAUUGUGUAUGUGUGUAAGCAGAUUGUGCAUAUUGUACUUUUGUAUUGUGAUUGAUUUUGUAAAACCAAGCUUGUUCACUUUUAUUGCUAAUAAAUUCUAUUUUUCAAAUAA